AUGGCGUCUUUCACUGUAUUCCCCGUCACCCCGUCUCCGUUGUGCUCUAGUAAGAAUGGGAUGAACUCACCUUCACAAGCAGCGCUCAUAAAAUGCAUGAGAAGCAGCCAUUUAGUUCAAAAGGAGAAUAAGAUGAGGGUCUCGUGCAUGGCAAGUAUUCCUGCAGAUGAUCGAGUGCCUGAUAUGGGAAAGAGGGAGCUCAUGAAUUUGCUUCUUUUGGGUGCUAUUUCACUUCCCAGCGCCGGCAUGUUGCUUCCUUAUGCUGCGUUCUUUGUCCCACCUGGGGCUGGAGGGGCUGGUGGUGGAAUUGUAGCCAAGGAUGCAUUAGGAAAUGAUAUUCUUGCGGAUGUAUGGAUCAAAAACCAUGGACCUGGGGAUCGGACCCUUGCACAGGGAUUGAAGGGGGAUCCGACCUACCUUGUUGUGGAGAAUGACAGAACACUGGCAACAUAUGGCAUCAAUGCUGUAUGCACUCACCUCGGCUGUGUGGUGCCAUGGAAUACUGCUGAGAACAAGUUCAUCUGCCCCUGCCACGGAUCGCAAUACAACAAUCAAGGAAGGGUUGUUAGAGGACCGGCGCCAUUGUCGUUGGCCUUGGCUCAUGCUGAUGUUGAUGUCGAUAGUGGGAAGGUAGUGUUCGUUCCAUGGGUUGAAACAGAUUUCAGAACUGGUGAAGCUCCAUGGUGGGCUUAA